ACACAUUACAUUGCGUUCCCACGUAUGCCGCGUAGGACAUGAACUAACUUAUACAUAGCUUACCUGCGAAAACAAGAGUUGAGCAUUUUGUCCAAGAACUGAAAAUAGGCAAUCCUCCAAGAUGUGACAAGAAUCAAGGAGACACAAACCCCCCCAGAGCCCCACUGCAAAUCCAAUAGCCAUGCCCACGUAAAACCAGUCGACUUCCGAAUGUAACUGGCCGGAAGCAUUAAAACCUUGAAGCUGUAUGUACCUUCCCUGAUAGAUUGUUAUAUGACAAAUUCAAAACACCCAAACUGGAGAGGGUUGAUGGGAUUUCACCCGAAAGAUGAUUGUCAGAGAGAUCAAUGGAUUCUAAUAACUUCAUAUUUCCCAUUUCCUUGGGAAUAUAUACUUCCCACCAAGUUGUUUCUUGACAAAUUCAAGGAUCUCAAUGCCACCAACUGGGAUAGUUCAAUUGGAAUGCUUCCAGUAAAACUGUUGCUUGGGGGCGAACAAGCGUAAAAUGAUAUCAUUGUACUCAUAUUCACGUCCUUUUGUUGUCACUAAAGCGGUCUACAAAUGACCUCGCCAUUGUCAUCUCAAAUGUGUCAUCAACGUCUUGAAUGUCCUUCUCAUUGACCAUUGCGGUUAGAUUUUGAAGGCAUUUAGGCAUAGCACAAAAAAUGUUGUAAUUAGAAAGGCAUAAAAUAUGAAGGGACGAAAGAUUUCAUAAACAAAAAUUCUAGAGGCAAUUCACAGUAGAACUUAUUCAAUCGGAGCCUUAAGAUUGCCAAAUUUGAAAGACAAGUCCCUAGCCAUCAAGGGAUAUUCCCUGUGAACCCAUUCUCCCCCAAAUCAACUUGGAAUAAAAGGGGGCAAUUUUGCAAUGACGGAGGCAUAUGACCAGAGAGUAGGUACCACUAAAUUGGUUAGAGCCCAAGUACACCUAUUCCUUCAAAUCUAUUUGGAAAUGAUAUAGUUUGAAUUUCACCUUGCAAUUGAUUGUGCGAAAGAUUAACUCGAUCAAACUGGGAUCUCAUCCUUUAUCCCAGUUUGAGAUAUAUCCACGUCUUGAAGGUAACGUUGAGAUUGCAAACAAGUAGGAAAAUGGGUCACCCAAAUUCCUACAACUCAGUGCAAGGCCAUAAAGUUGGAAGGGUGGCGUCCAAUUUGGACUGACAUUCAAGGUCGUCACCAUAGCUCUUUACUAUUUUUGUCAGUUCUUCCCGCUUAUGUGUAGAAACAAAAUGGCCGUCGAAGCUUCAUCGCCGGCGCCGAGCCAAUCAAGACGAUCCCCUCGAGAUUCCGGCUUCUCGUCCACGUCUAGAAGCGCAAAUUCCAGAUCUUCAGAUCCGCCGGUCAGCACCAACACCUCCGCCGCAUUAAAUUCGGCUUCCACCUUCCCAUCCGACUUCCGACUCCCAAGCUCUGUCGCCACCGCCGCCCUCUGCAGCUCGCUCUCCAACCUGCGGCAAUCGCUACCCGAGAGGCCGCAAAUUUACGAUUUCUCUGAAAUCCGAGCUGCCACAAACAAUUUCCUCUCGAAGCGCUACUCCUCCGCCUCCUCUUCCCAGUCGUGGCGGUGCUUUCUUCACGGCAAAGAAGUCAUCAUAUUCCAGCGAUUAAUCCGGAGAUCCAUAGAGAAAUCGGGACUAACGGCCAAAUUAUCAGUCAUCUGCCGGAGCCACAACCGGAGUAUAAUCAAGCUCCUAGGCGCGACGAUCUCCGGCAAUCAAAUUUACCUUGUUUACGAAUUCGUUUCUGGAUCCAACCUCGCUCUAUGCCUUCGUAACCCUAGAAACCCUAGCUACACGGUGCUCUCGACAUGGCUGUCGAGAAUGAAAAUCGCUACAGAUUUAGCCCAAGGUUUAGAUUAUACUCACAAUAUGACGGGACAGGGAUCGAACUUGGUCCACAAACACGUGAAGAGCAGCGGUAUCAUCCUCACCGAGGAUCUGUCAUCGUUCAAUGCGAGGAUUUGUCAUUUCGGAGCGGCGGAGCUCUGCGGCGAGACAGAGAUCACGGAGGAGCCUCCGGCGACGGGAUCUCGAUCUGAGAAUCGGAACCGGCAGUUCGAAGGCGUGCACGGUUACAUGUCUCCGGAAUUCCAGGUCACUGGCCUCGCGACGAAGAAAUCCGAUGUAUACGCAUUCGGAGUUGUGCUUCUGGAGCUUUUCUCCGGCGAGGAGCCGGUGAAGUUCAAAUAUGACAAGGCGAGCGGGGAGUACUUGAAAAUUUCAGUGGUAGAGACGGCGAAAGAUGCAAUUGGUGGCGAAGAGGCGGGGAAGGGGCUGAGACGGUGGGUGGAUGGGAGGCUGAAGGACUCAUUUCCGGUGGCGGUGGCGGAAAAGGUGAUCCGGCUGGCGUUGGAUUGCGUCCACGUGGAGGCAGAUGAGAGGCCCGAUAUGCGCCGCGUUUCAGGAAAGUUAUCGAAACUCUUUUUGGAGUCGGAGUAUUGGUCUACGCGGGUGCAAGUUCCCACCGAUAUAUCCGUUUCUUUAGCACCCCGUUGAAAUGUUGUUAUGCUGUCUCUGACCUCUGCCCCCAAGUAAACUGUCUCGUUACACCAUGCUCCCCCCGUCCCAAAUUAUUUGUCACAUUUAUAUUAUCAAAACAAAAUAAUAAGUUUUUUUAAUUCAUUUUAUUUACAUAUUGGUAAAAAAUAAAAAAUAAAAGUACAUAUCAAAAAACUACAUGAAAAGUUCUUCGAAAUUAAAGGUGUCAAAAAUAU